AUGUUAGAUCCAACUUUCCAGGAGAAACCGACAUCAUCUAGCUCGACGGAAGCUACUACCUAUCCCACUAAUCCUUCCAACUAUUCCAAAUUGAAUCCACUUAAUUUGCCAUUUUCUAAUUCUUUGAUCAACUCUACAGAGGGAUCUGUCCUCCUGGCUACGGCUCUCGUCCACACUGAAGGUUUUGAUGGAAGUCGCCAUCUGACACGAGUACUUCUGGACCAAGCAGCUCCAGCAUCUUUUAUAUCGGAGUCACUUGUCCAGAGAUUGAGAUUGCUGAGACAACCAGCUAUCAUCUCAGUAAGGAGUGUGGGUAAUUCGAGAACAAGGCGGACCAGAGGCUUAGUUCAAUUAAAGGUCUAUUCUAGAAUCCAUCCCCAGAUUACAUUUUUGGUAAGAGCGAUUAUUUUAUCGAAACUCACUUCAUAUACGCCACCUGAUGGUAUUCGCACCGAUGAUUGGGAUCAUCUUAUGGAUUUAGAAUUAGCGGAUUCUUUGUUGAAAAAAGGGGGUCACAUAGAAAUGAUUUUAGGGGCAGAAGUCUACUCUCAUGUCAUUGAGGAGGGAAUCAAAAGGGGAGUUUUAGGGACUCCAACAGCUCAAAAAACUUCGUUGGUGCAAUCUAUUGUGGGAUUGCAAAGUACAGUAGAUCAUGAAGUACUGAACUUGCUGAGAAGAUUAGUCUUCCAGGAAGACAUACCUUUAUCAGUUAAUGAAAAUAGUGUAGCAGAAGAAGAGUGUGAGCAGCUGUUUAACUCCACUUUUCAACGCAGUCACGAUGGUCGUUACAUCGUGCGACUGCCCUUAAAAGAUCGCUCUAUGAAUCUAGGGGAUUCAAGAUCUGCAGUUUAUCGGGCUCUCGUCCAGAUGGAAAGACGUUUCCAAAGAGACCCCGAGUUGGCUAAGAAAUACUCAAAUGUUAUCAAUGAGUACGCAGAGUUGGGAGACAUGGAACUAGUCUCUAAUCCAGAGGAUCUUCAACACGACAAGGGUUACUUCUUACCACACCAUUUUGUGAUCAAGGAAAACAGCUGA